GUUGGUAGCUCAAUCACCCAGCGACGCUCAAAUGAAGGAGCUGUUAGGAACGCAUACUGUUGAGAUAGAUGUUUCCACCCUGUUUGGCAGGGUGCUGUCCUGUGGGAUGGAUGACACCCAAGAGCAGGACCAAUACGAGGAACGCCUAAAAGAAGUUUUUAACAGUUUUGAUGCCAGCGGCUCCGGCUCACUGUGCCCAGAGGAGCUCUCUGACCUCUGCCAGUCCCUGCACCUGGAUGACGCCACACCAGCUCUUCUCCACAUACUGCUGCAGAGCCAGGACCGCCUCACUGCCAGGGUUGACUUUGACCAAUUCAAAAAUGCACUUAUUCUGGUAUUGUCGUCAACUCUUGAGCCACCACAAGCAGAACUGGAGACCUUGUCCAAACCAGACUCCCCUGAGAUCCAACCAAAGUUUGUGAAGGGCAGUAAACGUUACGGCCGCCGCUCCACGCCAGAGUUCGUCGAGCCCAUCUCAGACUUCUGUGAAGUUACGAAUGCAAACCCAGUGGAGGAAGAUGAUCUAGAAGACAACUAUGACUCGGCUGUUCCCCGGAAGCGUGAGCGGUGGAAUGCUAAUGAAUCAAGCACAGAGGAGUAUGAGGCAGAAGGCCAGAUGCAUCUCUGGAACCCCGAUGAGCCGAGCACACCUCGGAAAGCCAUCUUUCCCCUGUCUACCUGUUUAGAGGAGGGACUGCGUGAAGCCUGUGACGAGCUGGAGAUAUCAUGGGAUGGAUGUGCCGGUCACGCCCAACUGCUCGCGCUAUGUGAACACCUGGGCCUGGAGAUACAUUUGGAUGUGCUCCAGAGUCUAACUGGUGAUGGAGUGAUGAAUGUUCAGGAGUUUGUUUCCAGAGUUGUAAACCACGACAAACCCCCCACGCCGUCGGCCUCCACACCCUACAGACAGCUUAAACGACACCACUCCACUCAGCCCUUUGACAACGGAGGGCGUAGGAUAGCCACUCCUUUUGCUCUGACCAGCACCAUUGGCAUGCGUCUCUUCUCCACCCUUGAUGACGGUACCGGUUUCACUCCAGUCGAAUGCAUCCUGGAUGCCUGGCUGGAAGAGGGGAUAGAAAACAGCUUAGAGAUCUUGCAGGCUUUGAAUUUCAGCCUAGAUGGAAAACUGAGUCUUGGGGAUCUCACCAUGGCUCUUGAGAAUGAGCUACUCGUUACUAAGAAUGGGAUUCACCAAGCGGCACUGGCCAGCUUCAAAGCUGAGAUCAGAUAUCUUCUAGAGCGUGUAGACCGAGAACUCAGGGAGAAAGAGAAACUCCAAUCUGACUUGGAAAAAGCCGAGAAACUCAAAACUCAGCUUGCCGCUGAAGUGGAUGAGCGUCACUCAGCCAUUGAGCACGUGAACAACCUCAAUCUCAGGAAGCUUGAACAGGACCACAAAGAGAAGCUAGCAGCGGUACGGUCAGAGCUCACCAAGGAGAUGGACCAGAUCCAGCAACAGGCCAGCUUGCAGCGCAAGGAACUGGAGUCAGAGGUUGAGAAGAUCCGGGAGGAUGAAUCCUUUCUCAGAGACAACCUUUCCAUCUCUGUAAAGGAAAACAGACGCCUUGAAAUGGAGUUGCUGGACAUCAGCGAAAAACUAGUGGAGACUCAAAGCCAAAAUGCAAAACUCCAGACAAGUUUAGACAACGCUAUGAAAGAAAAGUUUGGAGACUUGGACCCUGGCAGUGCAGACUUCUUACUCCAAGAGGAAGGUAUUAAAGAACUACGCAGCAGCUACGAAGCUCAAUGCAGGGAGCUGCAGGAUCGUAUUGACGAGAUGCAGUCAGAGUUGCGUGAGUUCCACGGUCUUGGACGAGUUAAUCAGCCCUGCCACAAACCUCUCUCUGAAGAGCUGGAGAGUAAAAGCCCCGGCAUGGAGUCUGAUCCAGGUAUUGGUUGCGAGGAAGUUCAGCCCUUCAGCAUGAGCCUUGAGGCAGAGAUGAUGUUGGAGCAGCUGAAAGAGCAACACCUCCAGGAAAUGGAGGAUUUGCAAAACCAGCUGGAAUGCAAGAUCAGUGAAUUUGAAAAGAUGAUAGAAGAGCAGAGGGCAACCCAUGAGGAACAGCUGGCCGCCUUAGCCCUCCAGUACCAGCAGGAGGUCGAGGCGUUGAGGGGGGAGAUGGUCGGCAUUCAGAGUCGGGGACAGGAGCUCCAGACCCAGCUAGAGCAGGCAGAGCUGGAAAGGACUAGUCUGGAGCAGAAGCAGACCCAGGAGAGGGAAGAGCUGGAGAAUCUCCAGGAAGAGGAAGUGGGAGCUCUCAGACAGAAACUGCUGGAGGCCCACACCUGCACUGCAGACCUGGAGGAGCAACUGAAGACCCUGGAAGACCUGCAGACCGAGACGGAUGGACAUCUCGUAGAUGAGAUGGACGCGCUGAGGAAACAACAUGCCAGUGAAAUUAAGAAACUGGGGGACGAGCAUGCAGAGCUUUCUGAAGCCAGACUGGAAGAGGAGCGAAAGAAACUGCGGGAAGAGCAGGCUGAGUUGGAGAAGAGAUUGUUAGAUGGUUGGGAACAGGAGAAAGAGCUGUUGCAGCAAAGCCAUGAGGCCAAACUGAAGGCCAGACUAGAAGAGGCAAAGGCGAGGUUUGAGGAAGAGCGCGACGAGAUUGUGCAUAGGCUGACAGAGCAGUGGCAGGAAGAGAGGGCUCAGCUGGAUGAGCAGAAUAAUGAGACUCUGCAUGUGGUGCUGGAGGAAGAGAUAUCCAGACUCGCCAGGGAACAAGAAGAGAAGGAGGGCAAGCUCCGGGAGCAGUGGGAGAGCGAACGAGACAAGCUUCAGGUGCAUCAGGAGCAGGCUCUGCUCGAUAGAAUACUGCAGGAACGGUUGCAGAUGCAGGAGAAGUUUGAGCAAAGGGAGAAAAAGCUGAAGGAGGAGUGGGAGAGGGAGAGACUGCAACUGGAGGAAGAUUAUGAAGGGAUGCUCCAAGACAGGCUGAACGAAGAGAAGGAGAAGCGUAAGACUGAGAAAGAGGAGGAGGAGAAAAGAGCAAAACGCUUAAUGGCAGAGGAGAGGGAUCGUCUAGAGGAGAGCCACUGCAAGGCCGUGAAGGAUCUGACCCACAAGCACACCAGAGAGAGGGACGCUCUCAGCAGCACGUUGGACAAACUACGGGAGGACAUUGCUCAGGAGAGAUCUGAGGCCAGCCGUCUCGCUGAAGAAAACGUCAUCCUCAAGCAAAAGAUUGUUGCAUUGAAGGAAGAAGACGUGAAAGAGGUCCAGGAAGAGUUAAUACAAAAACUGGAGCACUUAAAAAAAGGGAAGAUUGCGGCUCAAAAGGCAGCGGAGAGUUUCAAGAAGCAGAUUUCAGAGCUACGUUUGCAGAGCCAGAAAUUCGAGGAUAAGAAUGUGAUGCUGUCAGAGAAAAAUGCCCAAAAUAUUUCUGAUAUGGAGAAUCUACAACAGCAGCUGGCAGAGCUGAUGAAGGAGAACGAGAGGAGGGAGGUGUACACCGCUGAAGAGAAAAACAAGCUGGCAGCUUGUGUGUCAUCUCUGGAGGCAGAGCUGACCAAAGCUCUGCAGGACACUGCACAGCUGGAGCAGAGGAAUACCCAGCUGUCACUGCAGCUCGCUGGCCUCAGAGGGAAGGCAGUCAGAGUGGACUCUAUGGAGAGCCAGCUCAGCCACCUGAUGGAAGAGGGGAUGAGCACGGAUAAGAAGACUCAGGUUCUCUGCAACCAGCUAGCCAGAUCUCAAGAGAGAAUCAAGAUAAUGGAUGAAACUCUUCAGGCUUUGAACCAUCAAAGUGCUCGUCUUAAGUCAGACCUCCAUGUUUUGCAGCAGGAGAGGGAUUCCCUCAAACUUGAAGUUUCAGUGCUACACAAACGGCUGCAAAAUGUCAACGAUAAAAACCACAUUUUAGAGAUGGCGUUGCACUCGAGCGGUCUCCAGAGUCAGAGCAAGAAGCUGUAUAGGGAUAAGAUGUCUCGGCUGGUGGACCAGGAGCAGCAGCUCCUGAGGCAGGAAAACGAGAGGCUUCAGGCUGAAGUGCGCAACGCCAAAGGAGACCUCAUGCAGUCCAGAGAAAAGGUCUGUCAGCUUGAUGCGACCAUGCUGUCCCUGAAGCAGCACAAACCCCAGAGUCAGUCCGCCCUGGUUAAGGCCUUGGAACAGGAGAACGCCUCUCUAAAGCAGGAGCUCGAGGCGCAAAAGGAGCUCACAAAGGGAUGUGAAGCAGGACAAGGGCAUGCAGAACUGGAGGGCCUUCAACACGAAAAUGAGGCACUCAGGGCCCAAAUGGCUCGACUGUCUACACAGCUGCUGGAGACAUUUCAGGUUCAAUUGGUCGGACUUCUCCCUCCAUCACCUCACAGGAUGCCCAGGGGUCAGCAUCGUGGUGAAGAUCCAGACAACAUGCAGGGGCCGAUGCCGGAGCAGCGGGCGGCUCACGCAGACAGCUACCGGCGGAUCGGUGGAUUGUAACACCAGCGUCUUUCCCUGCUCCUCACUUUAGCCUCUUUUGUUUCCUCUGAGACUGCUUCUUCUUUCUGCAGUCCUGCUCUUCCUCUAUGUUUGGAGCUUGAAAAAAUCUGACUGGCACACAAUGCCAUACUUUCCGCAUCCUUAUAGGAGAUUGUGAAUCAAUGUGGUGCCUGAUUCAAAAGGCAUAAAUGUGUAAUUGUAUUUCCCUGCUGCUAGGUGGCAGAAAAACACAGAAAAGGCUCCUGAGGUUUUUCCCAAUGGGAUCUGGACUAAAAUGACAUUGGAAUCUUUAUCAGAUACACCAUAUCAUAUUUAACAACUACAAACAUGGACUCGUUUCUUGAUCAUAUUUGACUUUUAUUAGGGUCCAACCCUUGGUGCAUUAAGAACAUUUUGUAGUUUGAAUACAGGUCAUCUUUUUAACACAAGGUGUAUUUUUUUUUUUGGCAGUGUUCUGUAAUGCCCUUGUACCAUUUCUCAUUGUCUGAGACAGGGUCUAUACAUCCUCAGAGGCUACAUGUUGUGUGACAGCCUGCCUUGUGAUCAUCGAGGAGUGUUAAGUUGAGGUGAGGUUAGUGCCUAAGAGUCCUCUGAGCCUUUUCUAACAAUCACGCCAACAUGGAAUUGUCAGGCGAUGUUACAGUCUGUGUCCAGUUAAGAUAUUUGUUAUUGAAGGUCCUAAGUUUUCAGUUUGACUAUUGUUGUUUAUGCCUGUAAUUCAUAUUUGACACUUCAAGCUACCCAUUUAUGUAGUGUUCUGGUACUGUGUGUGUGUGUGUCUGUGUUUGUUGCUGUUUCAGUUGCUGCUGCACAACCAAAGGGAAUCACAUCUUUUUGGGUUAUUUUUUAUUUUAAUUUUUUCUGGUCAAACACGUUGCGUAACUUUGAAUGUUUAUCUGGUAUUUAUUAUUAGAAACCAAAUCUUUGUUUGUCCCCACUAGUGAUCUAUUACUGUCAUAUCUGUCUCAUGGUUUUUGAGUCAUUUAGUGAAUCUUCCUUAUUUUUGCACCAUGUAUAGACUCAACUGUAUUUUAUUUAUUUUGUUAUUUAUUUUAAAAAAAUCAUGUUAGGAUUUAUUUUAUUUAUGCAUUAAAUUAUUUUUGUAGAAGUAUCUGGAACACAUGGCAUAAUUUUAUACGUAUUGAUAUUUUAUUUAUUUUUUAGUGUGGUGUCCUCUUUUUAGAAAUGUACCAAAAUCAUUUAAUGCUGACAUGAAGAUCAAAUAAAGUUUCUAGCUCA